AUGAAGGCCUCCGUUGUCGCCCUCCUCCUCACCGGCCUGGUUGCCGCCCAGGACUUCACCGGCCAGCCUGAUUGCGCCAUCAACUGCCUGAAGGACGCCAUCCCCAAGGCCGGCUGCGCCCUCACAGACACGGCCUGCCAGUGCCAGGUCGAAACCCAGGCCAAGCUCGUCGGCCUCGCUGCCCCCUGCCUCAUCAGCAAGUGCAGCCCCAGCGACCUCGCAAAGGCCCAAGCUGCCGCUGCCGCCGCCUGCAAGAAGGACACCACCGGUUCUUCUUCUUCUUCCUCUUCCACAGAGGCCUCUUCUCAGACUUCCGCCUCUGAGUCCUCAAGCGAGACCACUGCCGCUGGCUCUACCACCGAGUCCACCACCGAGGCUGGCAGCACCACCGACGCAGGCACUACCACCGACGCAGGCACUACCACCGACGCAGGCACUACUACCACCGGCCCUGCUUCCACCGAGGCCACCGAGACCACCGCUUCAGAGACUAGUGCUUCUUCGUCGUCUCAUGCUACUUCGGCCGGCCACACUAGCCCGACCUCUCCUCCCGGCGGUGUCUCCAACAGCACCACCUCCGGUGUUCGCUCUGUCGUCACCCGCACUUCUACCGCCUUUGUCGACGGCGGUGAUGGCGGCUCCCAGACUUCUGGCGCUCCCGCCUCUACCACCCUCGCCGGCAACGAUGCGUCUGCCCCCGCGGCUGGCAUCCUCGGCGCCGUCCUGGCCGCUCUGAUAGCUCUGUAA